GCGGACCGACCAUGUCUGGCGGCGCCUCGGAGAAACAGAGCGGCACGCCGAGCUCCCUGUUCCUCUCGCCGCCGGCGCCAUCCCCCAAGAAUGGCUCCAGCUCCGAUUCCUCUGUGGGGGAGAAACUGGGCACUGCGGGGACCGACGCUGGAACUGGCAGGACUGAGGAGUACCGGCGUCGCCGCCACACUAUGGACAAGGACAGCCGUGGGGCAGCCUCAACCACCACCACCACGGAGCAUCGCUUCUUUCGUCGCAGCGUCAUCUGCGACUCCAACGCCACCGCGUUGGAAUUGCCCGGCCUCCCGCUUUCUCUCCCUCAGCCCAGCGUCGCCGCGGUGGGUCCGCAGAGUACUCCACCAGAGCCCCACCGCGAGGAGACCUUGACCGCUACCACCGCUGCCCAGGUAGCCCAGCAGCCUCCCGCCGCUGUUGCUGCCUCUAGGGAACCCGCCUCCACGGGUACUGCGGUCACGACUGCCCCCAGCAGUACCAGCAGAGACCGCCAAGUUUCCCAGCCGGACCAUGUGGGGAGCAAAGAGGAGCCUCCUUCGGCGAGAAGCGGCAGCGGUGGCGGCAGCGCCAAGGAACCGCAAGAGGAACGUAGCCAGCAACAGGACGAUAUCGAAGAGCUAGAGACCCAGGCCGUGGGAACGUCCAAUGAUGGCCGCUUUCUCAAAUUUGACAUCGAAAUUGGCAGAGGCUCCUUUAAGACAGUCUACAAAGGACUGGACACUGAAACGACUGUGGAGGUCGCCUGGUGUGAACUGCAGGAUCGAAAGUUAUCAAAGUCUGAGAGGCAGAGAUUUAAAGAAGAGGCUGAAAUGUUAAAGGGUCUUCAGCAUCCCAAUAUUGUUCGAUUCUAUGAUUCCUGGGAGUCCACAGUAAAAGGAAAGAAGUGCAUUGUUUUGGUGACUGAACUUAUGACAUCUGGAACACUUAAAACGUACCUGAAAAGGUUUAAGGUGAUGAAGAUCAAAGUUCUAAGAAGCUGGUGCCGGCAGAUCCUUAAAGGACUUCAAUUUCUUCAUACUCGAACUCCACCUAUUAUUCACCGAGAUCUUAAGUGUGACAACAUCUUUAUCACUGGCCCUACAGGCUCCGUCAAGAUUGGAGACUUAGGUCUGGCAACCCUGAAGCGGGCUUCUUUUGCCAAGAGCGUGAUAGGUACCCCAGAGUUCAUGGCCCCUGAGAUGUAUGAAGAGAAAUAUGAUGAAUCCGUUGAUGUUUAUGCUUUUGGGAUGUGCAUGCUUGAGAUGGCCACAUCUGAAUACCCUUACUCAGAGUGCCAGAAUGCUGCACAGAUCUACCGUCGCGUGACCAGUGGGGUUAAGCCAGCCAGUUUUGACAAAGUAGCAAUUCCUGAAGUGAAAGAAAUUAUUGAAGGAUGCAUUCGACAAAACAAAGAUGAAAGAUACUCUAUCAAAGACCUUUUGAACCAUGCCUUCUUCCAGGAGGAAACAGGGGUGCGGGUAGAAUUAGCAGAAGAAGAUGAUGGAGAAAAGAUAGCCAUUAAGUUAUGGCUACGUAUUGAAGAUAUUAAGAAAUUAAAGGGAAAAUACAAAGACAAUGAAGCUAUUGAGUUUUCCUUUGACUUGGACAGAGAUGUGCCAGAAGAUGUUGCUCAAGAAAUGGUAGAGUCUGGGUAUGUCUGUGAAGGUGAUCACAAGACCAUGGCGAAAGCCAUCAAAGAUAGAGUGUCAUUAAUUAAGAGAAAACGAGAGCAGCGGCAGUUGGUGCGGGAAGAGCAAGAAAAAAGAAAGCAGGAAGAGAGCAGUUUCAAACAGCAAGUAGAACAACAAUCAAGUGCUUCCCAGGCAGGAAUGAAGCAGCUCCCUUCUGCCAGCACUGGCAUACCUGCUGCCUCUGCCACUUCGGCUUCAGUUUCUACACAAGUAGAACCUGAAGAACCUGAGGCAGACCAACAUCAACAACUACAGUACCAACAACCUAGCAUAUCUGUGUUAUCUGACGGGACUGUUGACAGUGGUCAGGGAUCUUCUGUCUUCACAGAAUCUCGAGUGAGCAGCCAACAGACAGUUUCUUAUGGUUCCCAACAUGAACAGGCACAUUCUACUGGCACACUCCCAGGGCACACAGCUUCUGUUAUCCAAGCACAAUCUCAGCCCCAUGGAGUUUAUCCACCCUCAAGUAUGCCUCAGUCCAUGGUGCAUCCGUGUGGGGGGACCCCAACAUACCCAGAAUCACAGAUACUUUUCCCAACUAUUCAUGAACGUCCAGUUUCUUUUUCACCACCUCCCACCUGUCCACCGAAGGUGGCCAUUUCUCAGCGGCGUAAGAGCACCUCCUUCCUGGAAGCCCAAACUCACCACUUCCAACCCCUGCUGAGGACUGUUGGCCAAAAUCUUCUUCCACCUGGUGGCAGCCCAACUAACUGGACACCAGAGGCCAUAGUUAUGCUGGGUACUACAACCAGUAGAAUUACUGGAGAGCCAUGUGAGAUACAGGUCAAGUCUAUGUUUGAAACACCUCAAGUUUACAGUGACUAUAGACCUGGACUAGUACUUCCAGAAGAAGCUCACUAUUUUAUUCCUCAGGAAGCAUUGUGUGUAGCUGGGGUACAGUACCAGGCCCAGGUGGCAGAACAGUAUGAGGGUAUUCCAUACAACUCACCAGUACUGUCAAGUCCUAUGAAACAGAUACCUGAACAGAAGCCAGUACAAGGGGGUCCUACCUCAAGCUCUGUCUUUGAAUUUCCAUCUGGACAGGCUUUCUUGGUAGGACACCUUCAGAAUUUAAGAUUAGAUUCUGGAUUGAGUCCAGGAUCUCCCCUCUCUAGUAUUUCUGCACCUAUCAGUACAGAUGCUACACGUUUGAAAUUCCACCCUGUCUUUGUUCCUCAUUCUGCGCCUGCUGUGUUAACUCAUAACAAUGAGAGCAGAAGCAAUUGUGUAUUUGAAUUUCAUGUUCACACUCCAAGCUCCUCUUCAGGAGAAGGAGGGGGAGUUUUGCCUCAGCGUGUUUACCGAAAUCGACAGGUUGCAGUGGACCUGAAUCAGGAAGAACCACCUCCUCCAUCAGUUGGAUUACAUGGCCGCCUGCAGCCUGUGACUGAAGAACAGCAUAAUUAUCAUUCCCCAGAAUUGACCGUGUCUGUGGUAGAGCCUAUCGGACAGAACUGGCCAAUAGGAAGCCCAGAGUAUUCCAGUGAUUCCUCACAAAUUACUUCUUCAGACCCCAGUGAUUUUCAAUCACCUCCCCCUACAGGGGGAGCAGCUGCACCUUUUGGCUCUGACGUCUCAUUACCCUUUAUCCGUCUGCCUCAGACAUUGUUACAAGAAUCCCCACUUUUCUUCUGUUUCCCCCAAGGAACCACAUCUCAGCAGGUUUUAUCUGCCUCAUUUUCUUCAGGAGGAUCUGCACUCCAUCCACAGGUGCAGGGGCAGAGCCAGGGUCAGCCAUCCUCAAGUAGCGUAACAGGGGUUUCAUCUUCCCAAACCAUACAACAUUCUCAGCAGCAGCAGGGAAUACAGCAGACAGCCCCUCCUCAGCAGACAGUACAGUAUUCACUUCCACAGACAUCAGCCUCUAGUGAGGCUACUACUGUACAGCCAGUGAGUCAGCCUCAAGCCCCACAGGUCUUGCCUCAAGUAUCAGCUGGAAAACAGGGCUUUCCAUCUCGACUACCACCACAAUACCCAGGAGAUGCAAAUAUUGCUCCCUCUUCCAGCGUGGCUUCUGUUUGCAUCCCUUCUACAGUCUUAUCCCCUCCCAUGCCCACAGAAGCAUUAGCUACACCAGGUUACUUUCCUACAGUGGUGCAGCCUUACAUGGAAUCAAAUCUUUUAGUUCCUGUGGGCAGUAUAGGAGGACAGGUUCAAGUGUCCCAACCAGCAGUGAGUUUAGCACAAGCCCCCACUACAUCCUCCCAGCAAGCAGCUCUGGAGAGUACUCAGGGAGUCUCUCAGAUUGCUCCUCCAGAGCCAGUUCCAGUAGCACAGCCACAACCUACCCAGCCUGCCACUGUGGUCUCUUCUAUAGACAGUGCACAUUCAGAUGUUGCUUCAGGUAUGAGCGAUGGCAAUGAGAAUGUCCCAUCAUCCAGUGGAAGGCAUGAAGGGAGAACUACAAAACGGCAUUAUCGAAAAUCUGUGAGAAGUCGCUCUCGUCAUGAAAAGACUUCACGCCCAAAAUUGAGAAUUUUAAAUGUUUCAAAUAAAGGAGACCGGGUAGUAGAAUGUCAGUUGGAAACUCACAAUCGGAAAAUGGUUACAUUCAAAUUUGAUUUAGAUGGCGAUAACCCUGAGGAAAUAGCAACAAUUAUGGUGAACAAUGACUUUAUCCUAGCAAUAGAGAGAGAGUCUUUUGUGGAUCAAGUGCGGGAAAUUAUUGAAAAAGCUGAUGAAAUGCUCAGUGAGGAUGUCAGUGUGGAACCAGAGGGUGACCAGGGAUUGGAGAGUCUACAGGGAAAGGAUGACUACGGCUUUUCAGGUUCUCAAAAAUUGGAAGGAGAAUUCAAACAACCACUUCCUGCAUCUUCCAUGCCACAGCAAAUAGGCAUUUCUACCAGUUCUUUAACUCAAGUUGUUCAUUCUGCUGGAAGACGGUUUAUAGUAAGUCCUGUGCCAGAAAGUCGAUUACGAGAGUCUAAAGUUUUCACCAGUGAAAUAUCAGAUACGGUUGCCGCCUCUACGUCUCAUGCUGCUGGAAUGAACUUGUCUCACUCUGCUUCAUCCCUUAGUCUACAGCAGGCCUUUUCUGAACUUAAAAAUGCCCAGAUGACAGAAGGACCCAAUACAGCACCUCCCAAUUUUAGUCAUACAGGACCAACAUUUCCAGUAGUGCCUCCAUCCAUGGGUAGCAUAGCUGGAGUCCCAACCAUAGCAGGAACCACACCUUCAGCCUCAGUUCCUAUAACUAGUUGUCCUAAUGACAUUUCCACAUCAGUAGUUCAAUCUGAGAUUACCGUGCCCACUGAAAAAGGGAUUGCCACCUGUACAGGUGUAACUUCAAGUGUUCUCUCUAUACCACCUGCGUCUGAAUCACCAGUACUUUCCAGCGUGGUUUCAAGCAUCACAAUACCUACUGUUAUCUCAACAUCAGCAACAUCCCAGUCAGUUCAGGCUCCCACAUCUGGGAGCAUUGUUUCUAGUGUAGGCACUUUCCCCUCCGUACCAGUUUCAACAACUUCAGCCUCUGCAGUGUGCAGUGCUGCUGCCCCAGAGGCUAAGCCUUCACCUGUAUUAUCUCAGCAGUCAGCAGGCAGUACUUCAGGGGCAGCCUCAUUAACCUCAAUUUCUGCCACCACUCCAUUCCCAAGCAUUGCUUCACAGCCAUCUCUUCAGCUCAGCAGCAGCACCUCUGCUCCUACUCUAGCUGAAACAGUGGUGGUUAGUGCACACUCACUUGAUAAAACAUCUCAUAGCAGUACAACUGGAUUGGCUUUAUCCCUCUCUGCAUCAUCUUCCUCUUCUUCCCCUGGAGCCCUAGUAUCUAGUUCUAUUUCUCAAUCUGGUGGGGUGCAUCCUUUGGUCACCCCCUCAGCUGUAGCUCCUGCUCCUGUCCUUUCCCAAGCAGCAGGACCUACUUCUACACCUUUAUUACCCCCAGUACCUAGUGUCCCACCCUUGGUACAGCCUGUUGCCAAUGUGCCUGCUGUACAGCAGACACUAAUUCAUAGUCAGCCUCAGCCGGCUUUGCUUCCCAACCAGCCUCAUACACACUGUCCUGAAAUAGAUGUUGAUACACAACAAUCCAAAGCUGGCAUUGAUGACAUAAAGACUCUAGAAGAAAAACUGCGGUCUCUCUUUAGUGAACACAGCACAUCUGGAACUCAACAUGCCUCUGUUUCAUUGGAGACAUCACUAGUAGUAGAGACCAAUGUCACACCAGGCAUCCCAACCACUGCUGUUGCACCCAGCAAACUCAUGACUUCAACUACAAGUACUUGCUUACCACCAACUAGUUUGCCAUUGGGAACAACUGGUUUGCCCGUUAUACCAGUGGUCACACCUGGGCAAAUUUCUACCCCAGUCAGCACUACAGCAGGAGCAAAACCUGGAACUGUUCCAUCAAAGCCACCUUUAACUAAGGCUCCAGUGCUGCCAUUGGGUACUGAACUUCCAGCUGGUAUUCCAUCCAGUGAGCAGCAGCCACCUUUUCCAGGACCAUCACUAACUCAGUCUCAGCAACCUCUGGAAGAUCUUGAUGCUCAGUUGAGAAGGGCACUUAGUCCAGAGACUGCUGCAGUGACAUCUGCGGUGGGUCCUGUGUCCGUGGUGGCUCCAACAGCAGUUACAGAAGCAGGAGCACAGCCUCCGAAGGAUGUGCCACAAGUUACAGCAACUAGUUCAGGAACUGGUGUUUUUAAGACGGGACGAUUUCAGGUUUCAGUUGCAAUGGAUGAUGCCCAGAAAGAGGGUAAAAAUAAGUCAGAAGAUUCAAAGUCUGUUCAUUUUGAAUCCAGCACUUCAGAGUCUUCAGUGCUAUCAAGUAGUAGUCCAGAGAGUACCCUGGUGAAGCCAGGCCCUAAUGGGAUAACCAUCCAUGGUGUCUGUCCAGAUAUGCCAGAUGGUGUCCACAAAACUCCUGCCUCAGAAGCAAAGUCAGAAACUGGGCAGCCUACCAAGGUUGGACGUUUUCAGGUGACAACAGCAGCAAACAAAGUAGGACGUUUCUCCGUAUCAAGAACUGAAGAUAAGAUCACUGAGGCAAAGAAAGAGGGACCAGUGGAAUCUCCUCCUUUUGUGGAUUUGGAACAAGCUAUUCUUCCUCCUGUGAUACCAAAGAAAGAAAAGCCUGAACUAUCAGAGCCUUCACAUCUGAAUGGGCCGUCUUCUGACGUGGAGGCUGCCUUCUUAAGUAGGGAUGUGGAUGAUGGUUCAGGUAGUCCACGCUCCCCCCAUCAACUGAGCUCAAGGAGCCUCCCUAUCCAAAAUCUAAGUCAAAGCCUUAGUAAUUCACUCAAUUCCUCUUACAUGAGUAGUGACAAUGAGUCAGAUAUUGAAGAUGAAGACUUAAAAUUGGAGCUGCGGCGACUACGAGAAAAACAUCUUAAAGAGAUUCAAGACCUGCAAAGUCGCCAGAAGCAUGAAAUUGAAUCUUUAUACACCAAACUGGGCAAGGUUCCCCCUGCUGUCAUUAUUCCCCCAGCUGCCCCACUUUCAGGGAGAAGAAGGCGACCCACUAAAAGCAAAGGCAGCAAAUCUAGUCGCAACACUUCCUUGGGGAAUAAAAGCCCCCAGCUUUCAGGUAAUUUGUCUGGUCAGAGUGCAGCUUCAGUGCUGCACCCCCAGCAAACCCUCCACCCUCCUGGCAACAUCCCAGAGACUGGGCAGAAUCAGCUGUUACAGCCCCUUAAACCAUCUCCCUCCAGUGACAACCUCUAUUCAGCCUUCACCAGUGAUGGUGCCAUUUCAGUACCAAGCCUUUCUGCUCCAGGUCAAGGGACCAGCAGCACAAACACUGUUGGGGGAACAGUGAACAGCCAGGCCGCCCAAGCUCAGCCUCCUGCCCUGACCUCCAGCAGGAAGGGCACGUUCACAGAUGACCUGCACAAGCUGGUGGACAAUUGGGCCCGCGAUGCCAUGAAUCUUUCAGGCAGAAGAGGAAGCAAAGGACAUACGAACUACGAGGGCCCUGGGAUGGCAAGGAAGUUUUCUGCACCUGGUCAGCUGUGUAUCUCCAUGACCUCAAAUCUGGGUGGCUCUGCCCCCAUCUCUGCAGCAUCAGCUACCUCUCUAGGUCACUUCACCAAGUCUAUGUGCCCACCACAGCAGUACAGUUUUCCAGCUCCACCACCCUUUAACACUCAGUGGAGUGGGACGGGUGGCUCCACACCACAGCCGCUUGGGCAGUUCCAGCCUGUGGGGACUGCCUCCUUACAAAAUUUCAACAUCAGCAAUUUGCAAAAAUCCAUCAGCAAUCCCCCAGGUUCCAACCUGAGGACCACUUAGUCAGACCUAGAGACAUUAACUGAGUAGAUCUGGGGGCAGGAGAGGGAGUGCUGACUACUAGUGCUGCGUUUAACUGAUUAUUUGCUAACUACUAGUGCUGCAUUUAACUGAUUAUUUCUUGCCAGAAAGGAAUGUUUUUAGUACUUAGAGCCCUCAGGAUAGAAAGUGUUCCUCCCCCUUUGCCAUCAUUUGGAGUGGAGAAGGAAAGAGCAGCUUUCUUGCAGUGGGGCGUCUCCAGAUCGUGUUUCCCUGUUUCCUGCACCCACAGCGAGGGCUAGCAAAGAGAAGGCUUUAUCAGAAAGCUACUAGAGUGCUCAAAGGAAAACCAGAACCCUUCUGUAUUUUCAGGUGGGUGGAGCUCUUUUCUGGGCACCCACCCCCAGUCUCUGUUCCCUCAAAAAUCUAAACCACAAGACAAAAAAAGUACUGGGCUCUCUCCUGCCCUGUUCCCUACACAGUCCCCACUUGUUUUCCUUUCUUUUUUUCUCUCUUUAGAACCCAGUGAAAACACCAGGAGACUGAGGCUUCAACCCUUUCUUAUAGGUCAUUAGUGCUUUAAGCAAAUGAUAUUAGCAGCUUUGACUGCAGCAUUAGCAAUUAGGAAAAAAAAAGUUCCCUGCGGACAUGUAACUUGCCAUCAGUUUUGAUGUGGAAACACUGUGAUAUAUAAAUGUUGUUGGACAACAGUAGUUUUAAGAUGAAAAUAUGAAAGGUUUAAAAAGUUGGGAAAAAAGCUAGCUCUGUCCUUUACUUAUUGAGACACUUUAACUUUUUCCUUUGUACUUCCAUUGUAUUAGAUAAAUAAAUGUGAAUGUAAAAUUGUAUAAAUUACUGUACUUGAAUACUUCUGUUCAACCAGUAUUGCUUGCUGGAUUUUUUAGUGCCUUGGACUUCUAUUGCUUCUGCCAUUAGCAUCAACUUUUCAUCAGACCCCAGAUCAGCAAAGGGCACAUGGAAGGAAAUCUAAGGUCCACGUGACCCCAGCAGCAGAUGAUGCCAAAGGGAAAUUGAAAUUUUUUUUUAAGUCAUUUAACAAUUUUGUCUAGAGCAGGUGUAAGAUGAGCAGGGUGAGAAGUUAAGUUGACAUCAGUGGUUGAAAGCAGAAAGUGUUUGAGGAGGGGUGCUGGGACAAAAUUGGGCAAUUGAGAAGAGUAAGGUGCUGUAUGAAAGUGAAACUUUCAAUAAGUGAAAGAAAAAGACUAAAAGUGGAGAAUAUAUUUGUUUAGAAGAUAUGUGAUGCCUGACCAGUGGAUGCCAUAACCUUACUCAUUUGAGCUGGGCUUGAACAGGCCUAGAAGAAAUGGCUGAAUAUAAAGGGAAGCAGGUGGGAGCUGGUGUUGAAGCUGGGAAACGUGAUAGUGGAAAGUCACAGAUGGAGAAAGUCACUCUAAGAACUGUUUGGGUUGCUUUCCUCUUAUUGCAAGUGUACCAGGCAUUUCUCAGCUUGAGGGUACUGUAUUUUUUGCAAAAAGUGGACCCACAUCUGAAUUAAGCAUUGUCAGAAAGAAUGCUUUUUCUUCCUGCUCUUCUAUAUAAUGUCCAAUGGUUGCAGGAUCACAUCUUUCAUGCCUCCUUUAUUUCUGCAUUUGCAACUGAUAUUCUCACAUUUCAUAUUAACAAAUACUCUCCUUAAGUAAUAACUGCAACCAACCAGUGUUAUUUAGCUAUGCCUAGUUGUAAUGGGCAGUUCUAUUAUUUUCAGAGCUUUCAGGAAAUACUCUCCUAAUUGGCUAGGUUGGGAUCUUUACCAUCUCAGAUGAGGGGGGAAGCUGGGACUCUUAAUUUUGGGGGUGCUUCUUGUCUUGACUCUUGAGUUGGGGAAUUGACAUAUUCUAACCUCUUACCACUUCAAUAGCACAUCCCAGGAAUCCCUGCAAUAGGGAGAGCGCGGUUGGCUCUCCUAUCCUGUUGUUCCUUUGUGGGCCCUGUCUCCGUAAGUUAGCCUCGGCCCCAAAGACACAAAUGAAAGCUGAAGAGUUUAGCAAUGUAGAAAUGAACCGGGCGUGGCUUCCAAGCCCUCCUUCAAAAUUGUUUACUUAUCCUCUGCUUAUAAUUCUUGGGGAGAUGGUAAGAGUGAGGCUAGAACAAAGAAGGUGGCCAGAUAAGAAACAGACCACCUAAGAUAAAUAAAACAAUACUUUCUACUAGGAAACAAGCAAACCAAAUGCAGCACAUUGUUUGUUAUUUUGGUUUAAUAAUGUUGAGAUCUCUUCACUCACAAAAAAGUAAAAACUGGUUUUAUUUACUGUUGAUUUUUUUUCCCUCCUGUGGAUGAAAUAACUGAAGCCUAGAGGAAUGAACUAGUGCUACUGAAAUGUUUAAAUUAUUUUUGUGUUAAUAGUACACUUUGAGUAUCUUUUUUCCACAUUAAAAAAAGAUCUUUCUGAAUUAUAAAUGUUUUCCUUACAUUAUUUAACAAUGUACACUGUUUUAAAAAAUGAAUAAACUGAAUUUCAACCUUGGGUUUCUCUGCAGCCGUUAAUUGUACAUUUUGCACUAACUCUGGGUGUUGCGCUUCUUGUAAGAUUGCACUUUGUGCUUCAGUUUGUUACCUUUGUAGAUUUAUUUAAUGAAACCUUUCAAAUAAACCAAACUUGCUUUGUUGA